UUUGUGAAACACUGAUCAUUCUUUCAUCCCACAAGAAUAACACAUGGGUUGUCCUUGUACAAAAUAUGGUAUCCACCUGCACUUCAUUAGAGAGCUGCAUUUUUGUACAUGCCACACCACAAGAUCACCAUGAUGACAUAGCAGCUUCAGAGAACAGCGUGACUAGGGCUUUUUUUUUUUCUCUUGUAACACAGAGGAUCUGGCAGACUUGUACCUCCUGACACUGUUUACAGCAUAUAUUGGUCGAUACAGUCUCUUAUUGCAUCUGCUCUGGGAAUUAAAGAAAGCAGCUUCAAGGCAGUAAGGUACAAGACGCAUUGCAAAGAUGACUUUAAACUCCCUACCCGUUUUUCUGUUAUUGAUUAGUGGCAUUUUUUGCCAAUAUGACUAUGGUCCUGCAGAUGAUUAUGGUUAUGAUCCUUUUGGGCCAUCUGCAGCAGUCUGUGCUCCAGAAUGUAAUUGUCCUUUAAGCUACCCUACUGCCAUGUAUUGUGACAAUCUUAAGCUGAAAACCAUUCCGAUUGUACCAAGUGGAAUAAAAUACCUUUAUCUUCGAAACAAUAUGAUUGAGGGCAUUGAAGAGAACACGUUUGAUAACGUAACAGACCUACAGUGGCUGAUCCUAGACCACAACCAUUUGGAAAAUUCAAAAAUUAAGGGAAGAGUCUUCUCUAAACUAAAGAAUCUGAAAAAACUUCACAUUAACUACAACAAUUUGACCGAAGCUGUUGGACCACUCCCCAAAACUCUGGAUGACCUGCAAUUAAGUCACAACAAGAUCACAAAAGUUAAUCCUGGUGCACUUGAGGGGCUAGUGAAUCUGACUGUCGUUCACCUCCAGAACAACCAGCUGAAAGCAGAUUCUAUUUCUGGGGCUUUUAAAGGCCUGAAUUCACUUUUGUAUCUUGACUUAAGCUUCAAUCGACUUACAAAGCUACCAACAGGACUGCCUCACUCCUUACUCAUGCUGUAUUUUGAUAAUAACCAGAUCUCAAAUGUUCCUGAUGAAUACUUCCAAGGUUUUAAAGCCCUGCAAUAUUUGCGUUUAUCCCACAAUAAAUUAACAGAUUCUGGAAUACCAGGCAAUGUCUUCAACAUCACAUCACUGGUUGAGUUGGAUCUCUCCUUCAAUCAGCUGAAGAGCAUUCCAACUGUCAGUGAGAACCUCGAAAAUUUCUACCUCCAAGUCAACAAAAUUAACAGUGAGUUAAAUUUGAGUAUUUUCAAUAAUAUUUAG